CCUCUUCCGCUCCGCAUUCACAUCGCGAUCCAAAUUCCCCAACCACCAACGCACCAGCGAAGCCCGCUCCCUUCACCUCCCGAAGCAUCGAUGGCCCCCAAGGCGGAGAAGAAGCCGGCGGCGAAGAAGCCAGUGGAGGAGGAGCCCGCGGCUGAGAAGGCCGAGAAGGCCCCGGCUGGGAAGAAGCCCAAGGCGGAGAAGCGGCUGCCGGCGGGCAAGACCGCCUCCAAGGAGGGCGGCGGCGAGAAGAGGGGGAGGAAGAAGGGCAAGAAGAGUGUGGAGACCUACAAGAUCUACAUCUUCAAGGUGCUCAAGCAGGUGCACCCUGACAUCGGCAUCUCCUCCAAGGCCAUGUCGAUCAUGAACUCCUUCAUCAACGACAUCUUUGAGAAGCUGGCCGGUGAGGCAGCCAAGCUCGCCCGCUACAACAAGAAGCCCACCAUCACCUCCCGGGAGAUCCAGACUUCUGUCCGCCUCGUCCUCCCAGGAGAGCUCGCCAAGCAUGCUGUCUCGGAGGGCACCAAGGCCGUCACCAAGUUCACCUCCUCUUAGGUUGCUUGGCCUGUAUCUAUUUAGUGUUUGUAGUGUCUGUCUACUCUGGUUAUCUGCUUUAUGUUAGUAGUAGUGAUCGAUGGAAGUUGAUGAAUGCCUGCCAAUGUUUCGUUGGUUGUGUACUGCUCCUUUUAGAAACUGAGAUCUAGAAUAGCAAUAAACCAUUUCUGUUAAUUCCUCUGUGA